AUGUCGACACUGGUGGAUGAGCUGCUGCAGGACUUUGAGGACUCAGGGUCCGAGCAGGGCGAUGAGCGAAACGGUGAUGCUAUCCUAGGUGACAACGAUGUUGAGGACACCAACGGACUGCAUGCGACUCGCGACAUGGAUCUUGACGGCGGCGACAUGGAUGGUGAUGAUGGAGACGAAGAUGAGGAGAUGGGCGGCGUGCCAGACGCCGGAAAGCAAGCACCAGAGGACCCAGAAGAGGCCAAGGCGCGGAUAGAAAAGCUGCAACUGAAAGGAGUCGACGACGUGCGCGCCGUCGCAGGGCUCAUGAAGACCCUAGAACCAGUACUUGAGAAAAUCGCACACUUCCAAGCACAACCACCAGAAGCGCGAGAUAACUUGAUCGGGAAUAUCGAGGAUCACCCCGAGUACGAGCUCCUCACCGAGUCGAAUCAAUUGUCCACGUCGAUCGAUAGCGAAGUUGUGUUGGUGCACAAGUACAUCAGAGACCACUACUCUGUACGAUUCCCCGAGCUUGAGACGCUUGUUACGAACCCUCUCGAGUACGCCAAGGUCGUUGCCGUUCUCGGAAAUGGUCCCUUUGAUCAAGAAAACAUCAAAACGUUACAGACGACCGCGGAUAAUAUCCUGGGAGCCAGCCUCAAGUCCGUUCUUGAUGGUCCGUCGCUCAUGAUCGUCACGUUGGAGGCCACUAGAUCAAACGGACGAGACAUGUCACCGGAUGAGCUGAGCAGAGUCAUGCGCGCCUGCAAGAUGGUCAUUGACCUUGACACAGCCAAGAGGACGCUGACAGAAUACGUGCAAUCGCGAAUGAAUAUCUUCGCGCCAAACCUGACUGCCAUGGUCGGAUCCCUGACAGCAGCACAACUGCUCAACGCAGCGGGCGGUCUAACUGGUCUGUCCAAGACCCCAGCAUGCAACAUCUCCGCCUGGGGCUCCAAGAAACAGCAGAGCGGCGCCCUUGCUACAAAUGUCACGAUCCGGCAACAGGGCUUUCUCUUCCACUCUCCCAUCGUCCGCAGCGUCUCGUCUGACAUCAAAAAACAGGCCUUGCGGAUUGUAUCUGCCAAGGUCGUCCUCGCGGCACGCGUGGACUGCGCUCACUCCAGCCCAGAUGGCUCAACCGGCGAGGACUUCAAGCAGAAUUGCCUCGAGCGCCUGGACAAGCUGCAGGAGAAACCCCUGAACAAGGGGCAACGGGCCCUACCCGUGCCGGACGACAAGCCCAGCCGCAAGCGGGGUGGCCGCCGUGCGAGAAAGGCGAAGGAAGCUGUAGCCAUGACGGAGCUGCGCAAAGCACAAAACCGUUUGGCCUUUGGCAAAGAGGAGAAGGAGGCGGGCUACGGCACGGGUGACUCCACCGUGGGCAUGGGUAUGAUCGGACAGACGGACACAGGACGGGUCCGAGGCACACAAAUCGACGCGCGCACGCGCGCAAAACUCAGCGCCAAGAACAAGGGAUGGGGCGGCAUCGGCGGGCUCUCGAGCUCGAUCAACUCGGGUGCGGCGAGCACGCUCAAGUUUGGGCAGAACGCCGCCGCUGCGGGCAGCCUCGACCUGCGCGGCAAGGGCCUGCGGACGUCAGGUGUCGGUACGACGCUCGGCGGCGGCGGCACGGUCUCGUCGCUCAACUUCACGCCCGUGCAGGGCCUGGAGCUGGUCGACCCCAAGGUCCAGGCCGAGCUGAAGAGAAAACGACAGGAGGAGCAAGACCGAUGGUUCAAGGGCGGCACGUUCACGCAGGUUGGCGGCGGCAGUGGUGGCAGCAGCGAUGGGGUGUUCAAGAAGCCUGAUUUGCCGCCUAGCAAGAGACAGAAAUAG